AUGGCCGCAUCGACACACCAGUCCUUCCUCGCUUCUGACUCCGCGUCCAACUCGACGUCCGCCGCCGCCGACGAUGUGCUCGCUCUCCUGUCGUUCAAGUCUCUGCUAUCCGAUCCCCGCUCGGCACUGUCCUCGUGGAACAACCACUCGUCCCAUGUCUGCGACUGGCACGGUGUGAGAUGCAGAGAUGGCCGGAGAGUCACAGCCUUGAGGCUGGUCUCGCUCGGCCUCGCCGGUCCCAUAUCGCCCUCCGUAGCCAACCUCACUUCCCUCAGGAACCUCCACCUCGGAGACAACCAGUUCAAUGGAAGCAUCCCACCUGAGCUGGGAAACUUGCGUCGGCUGGUGAAUCUUGACCUCAGCUAUAAUGCUCUUUCGGGUGAAAUCCCAGCCACGCUAUCUCGCUGUUCCAGACUCCGGAUCAUCAGGAUCGAUGACAACAAGCUCGAGGGAAAGCUCCCUGCGAGCCUCGCUCGAUGCUCCAACCUCAGCGUCAUUUGUUUCUCAGGGAACCGCCUCGUCGGAGAGAUUCCUGCAGAGUAUGGAUCGCUUUCAGAACUUUUAUGGCUCUACCUUAAUGGCAACAACCUUACAGGAGCCAUUCCAGCAAGCCUGGGGAGCAGCUCCUCUUCUCUCACCCAGAUCAUGCUGUCCAAUAACAGUCUCACCGGAAAGAUUCCACAUUCUCUUGGCAACCUGUCGUCCCUCACCCACCUCUACCUCUCCAGCAACAACUUGGUAGGAAGCAUACCGCCUUCGCUAGGCAACUGCUUGAAUCUAACCUAUCUUUAUCUAAGAACAAACAGCUUGGAGGGGAAUAUACCAGAAAGCCUGGGCAGCCUCACCAGCUUAAGAGUUCUUGAUCUUUCCGUCAACAAGUUAUCCGGUACGAUCCCUCCAUCUCUGUACAAUCUAUCGAGGCUCGGUUCUUUGAACCUCGGGAUAAACCAGUUCGAAGGAACCAUUUCGCCUGAUAUAGGCCAUGCUCUUCCCGGACUCGAAUACCUUAUCCUCCAGGGGAAUAGAUUGGAAGGUUCAAUACCACGAUCAUUAGUCAAUGCUUCUGAACUUUACUAUCUUGAUCUUUCUUUGAACAAUUUCAAUGGAGUUGUCCCAGCAGAUUUGGGUCAGCAUCAUAAUCUAGCCGUCCUGAACCUCGAGGGGAAUCGGUUCAAGGCCAGGGAUGCCACGGAUUGGAGCUUCCUUGCUUCUCUGUCUAACUGCACAGAGCUCACAUGGCUGUUUCUGUCCGACAAUGAUCUUGCAGGCAGAUUUCCUGCAUCUAUAGCGAACCUCUCUGCGCAACUCGAGUGGUUGUCUUUAGCAGGGCUUCAGAUAUCAGGGGCCAUUCCGCCGGAGAUAGAGAAACUCCGUGGCUUGCAGCAGCUUGAUCUCAAUGGAAACCUUCUGAACGGCAGCAUCCCUAGAGAGAUUGGAUCCCUUCGCAACUUGACUCGAUUAUACUUGUUCGGGAACAAGCUCUCCGGCCUCAUUCCUGAGUCACUGGGGAACCACACGCAGCUAGAAGUACUCAACUUGGGAGACAAUCGAUUGCAAGGAGGCAUACCGCGAAGCUUUAUCAACUUCAAGCAGUUGAACGAGCUGAAUCUUUCUCGUAACCAGCUCGGUGGCCCCAUUCCCAGAGAGGUUGUCAGCAUUACUUCUCUCACAAAGGUGCUUGAUCUGUCCCAUAAUUCUCUGGUCGGUCCGAUUCCAAGUGACAUCCAGAAGCUGAAGCUCCUCGUUCUGCUCGACGUUUCUGAAAACAAGCUUUCUGGCCAAAUUCCUAGUGGUCUUGGAUGUUGCGAGACCUUGAACUACCUUUACAUGCAAGGAAACUUCUUCCUGAGUACCAUACCUUCGCAAUUGAGCAACUUGAGAAGCCUUCAGAGGCUCGAUGUUUCGCGUAAUGAAUUAUCUGGCCAAAUCCCCAAAUUCUUGGCUGGUAUCAGCAGUCUCCAAUAUCUCAACCUUUCCUUCAACGAUUUCGAUGGUCCGGUUCCAACAGAAGGUGCCUUCGCCAACGCCAGCGAAGUUUUCGUCGAUGGGAAUCCCAAGCUUUGCGGGGGUGAUCCAGCGUUACGCCUUCCACCAUGCCCUAUCGACUCUUCUAACAAAAGUAGAAUGAGAAGUGUCGCAAUAGGACUCGCCAGCUUGGUCCCCUGCUUUAUUGUUCUCUCCAUCAUCAUUCUCAUGCGGAAGAAGGCGUCGAACAAGAGAUCUCCGCUCGAAUCUUCUCCAAGAGAUCAGUUCAAAAUGGUGUCUUACGCAGAGCUGCACAAGGCGACCGACGGGUUUUCUUCCGCCAAUUUAAUUGGCACCGGUAGCUUCAGUUGUGUGUACAAAGGAACUCUGGAAGGCUACGAGAACGGCGUUGCAGUAAAGGUACUAAACCUGGAGCAGAAAGGAGCUCUGAAGAGUUAUCUGGCAGAAUGCGAGGCCCUGAGAAGCAUCCGGCACCGGAACCUCGUCAAGAUCCUCACUUGCUGCUCCACCAUCGACCGCAGCGGAAAUGAUUUCAAAGCUCUCGUGUUCGAGUACGUGCCCAACGGGAGUCUAGAUGAUUGGUUGCACCCAACGGUUGCUUCGAAUCGUGAGACGAAGCAUCUGAGCCUUGACGAAAGACUGUGCAUAGCCAUCGAUGUUGCGUCUGCGUUGGAGUACCUGCAUCGUCACCAUGGCCAAACGCCAAUCGUUCACUGUGAUGUGAAGCCGAGCAACGUUCUUAUCGACGACGACAUGGCUGCCCACUUGGGUGACUAUGGGUUGAUGAAGUUCCUGGCCGAGUGCAACGCUGCAUCAAAGGGGAAUCCCAGUUAUUCCAUCGCAUUGAGAGGAUCCAUUGGUUACAUACCGCCAGGUACUAAUAUCUUGGUUUCUACUUUUCAUAUCUGCUUGCACGCGUACCGAUACAACCGUGUUUGAUCUUAUGCUGUAGAGUACGGGAUCGGAGGCGAAGUUUCCGCGCAUGGAGACGUGUACAGCUACGGAAUACUUGUGCUGGAGAUGGUGACAGGGAAGAGGCCUACCGACGACAUGUUCAGGGACGGCCGAUCGCUUCGUAGCUUCGUCGAGGCGGCGGCCUUCCCUGACAGAGUAGUGGAAAUCGUGGAUCCUGCGAUGCGAUCGGCCAUGGAAGGUAACGAUCGCGCAGCGAAUUGCGUGGUCUCCAUGGUCGAAGUUGGCCUGCUCUGCUCGAAAGGAACAC